ACAAAAGAGGGAGGGAGUGAGAGAGAGAGAGAGAGUGAGAGAGAGAGAGAGAAAAGGCAGACACAGCUCCAGCUUCCAGACCACCCUCUCUCCUCCUCCUCCUCCUCCUCUUCCUCCUCCUCCUCCUCUUCUUCUCUCCAGCUCCACAUCCGUGUGUUGAGUUCAUCGCUGAUUUCACUGUCUUUUGAGGAUACAGCAGAGGACAGCGCGUGUUCUACAGGAUACAGCCGAGCCUCCGGUGGGAUCAGGGUCUCAUCUUGUGUGAGAAAGAGAGAGAGAGAGAGUGAGAGAGAGAAAGAAACGUUGGAAGGCGAAUUGAGGGGCAUGUUCAGGGCAACAGAGAAGAACGAGAGUGAGUCAGAUUUUUAGAGCAGAGAGUGCAGGGAACCGGCAACCAGACCCCAUCCAUCCAUCCCUUUCUCCUCCUUCUCAUCCUCCUCUUCUUUCCUCUCCUUUUACCCUUCUUCCCCUCCUGCCGCUCAACCCCCACCCGACCCCCCCAUACACACACACACACACACACACCCCUGUCGCUUCCUGUAUUACCUCCUACUAUCUUUUCAUAUCUUCCUUCCCUUCCCUUCCCCACCACCUCCUUUUCUCUCCCUCUCUUGCCCCGCUUUUGCCGCCUCCCCCGGAUUCCCUUUCCCUCUCUCCUCCCGGACGGAAUGGUUCUGUGAGGUUCCCCUCGUGCGCCCCAGAGACGCAAGACAGACCGAGAGACUGAGAGACAGUGAUCCCGGCAGCCGUCCGUCCCUCUAUCCAUUCAUUCAUCAGUCCCUUUAUCACGCACCUCAGUGACAGGAGAGCGCUCUGUCUCUCUCUCUCUCUCUCUCGCGCGUCGUAUCCUCGACUCUUGGAAACGGACGUCCGAAGGAUCCGGGCCGGCCCCUCGGUGCGACCGUACCCCGACCUGCGAGCUUCUCCCUCCAGCCUCCAGGACCUUGAAUUGGAUUCCAGCUACAUGGGAAAACGUUUGGAGCAGCAGCCAAUGUACCCCCAGUACACCUACUACUACCCUCAGUAUCUCCAGACCAAGCAGUCCUAUGCUCCUCCCCCUCCACCCAUGGCUCCUCCCAGUCCCAGCACCACAGGAGGAGGUGGAGGUGGAGGAGGCGGAGGUCAGGGAGGAGGGCUGAUGGAGCAGCUCAGCAAGACCAACCUGUACAUCAGAGGCCUGCCGCCCGCCACCACCGACCAGGACCUCAUCAAGCUCUGCCAACCAUAUGGGAAGAUCGUGUCAACAAAGGCCAUCCUGGACAAGAACACCAAUCAGUGCAAAGGCUACGGCUUUGUGGACUUCGACAGCCCUGCAGCAGCCCAGAAGGCUGUGGCCUCGCUCAAAGCCAAUGGAGUCCAGGCACAGAUGGCCAAGCAACAGGAGCAGGACCCCACCAACCUGUACAUCUCCAACCUGCCGGUGUCCAUGGACGAGCAGGAGCUGGAGAACAUGCUGAAGCCCUUCGGUCACGUCAUCUCCACACGGAUACUGAGGGACGCCAACGGCCUGAGCAGAGGGGUCGGCUUCGCCAGGAUGGAAUCAACAGAGAAGUGUGAUGUGGUGAUUCAAAAUUUCAAUGGGAAGUUUUUGAAAACCCCUCCAGGCAUGACAGCCCCUGCAGAGCCGUUGCUGUGUAAAUUCGCUGACGGAGGCCAGAAGAAGAGGCAGACCCAGGUCAAGUACCCCCAAAAUGGCCGGCCGUGGCCACGGGAAGGAGAGACUGGUAUGGCGUUGACGUACGAUCCCUCCGCAAUGCAGAACGGGUUCUACUCUUCGCCCUACAGCAUCUCCACCAAUCGGAUGAUUGCACAGACGUCAAUCACACCCUUCAUCGCUGCCUCUCCUGUCUCCACGUAUCAGGUCCAGAGUACAUGGAUGCCACACCAACAGUAUGUUAUGCAACCAACAGGUGCUGUGAUCACCCCAGCUGCAGCCAUGGAACCCAGUUUGUCUCUUCAGCCCUCCAGUAUAAUGGCUCCUCUCACACAACAGAUGAACCACCUGUCUCUGGGCACCACAGGCACCUACAUGACUGCUGCAGCGGCUGCUCCUAUGCAAGGAACCUACAUUCCCCAGUAUACUGCAGUGCCUGCCUCUGCCAUCACAGUGGAAGGAGUGGUGACAGAGCCCUCUCCACAGACGGCGCCCCCCUCCUCACAGGAUGCCAGCGGGCAGCAGCCCUUAUCAGUGGAGAACACAGGAGAUCACGCCACAGCCUACUCCUACCAACAGAAUAAGUAAACAGAAGGUGGUGGGAUUAUUGCUGCAUUGCCUUGAGAAGGACUGCACUGAGGCGCUGGGAAACACAGAGGAAAUCAAAAUGAAACAAGAAAAAAAAGGUGAGAUGGACAACACUGAGGGGAGAACGCUUCCACUUUGCACAGGCACCAAAUAAAAGAGAAAACAAAGAAAAAAUAAAGGGGGAAAAAAUCAAAUCUGUUUCUUACCUGAUCUAACCUCGAAAAAGAAAUGAUGGGAUGUUGAACUCGAGGACAAUGAAAUGUAUUCUGCGAUUCUGAGUUUAUUAUUUGUCACCAUGAGACCGGACUUUGCCUCCAGACUCACGGGACUGAAGAGAAGAGAAAAGAAAAGAAGGCAUAGACUGAAAUCUAAACUCAAACAACAAGCUGUACAGGAAUAAAAAGAACAUUGGAAUGUGCAGGUAGAUUUUCAGACUUUUUUAUUAGAAGAGGAAGGAAGCAAAGUCUAGAAAAAAACAGGUUGUCUUCCUUUGAUAUUAAGCUAUAUUAUUUUCAUUCUUUUUAUGAUUUUAGUAGUUUUCUAGAAUAUUAAUGGUUUCUUAAAUCUUUAUUGCCUUAAUUUUCUCAAACUUUGGAAAAAGAAAACUUUUCCAUUGUCUUGAAUUGUUAAAGACUGAAUGAUUGAAUGAUUUGAGAGGUUCUUGGGAGUUCCCAGAGCCAUGGGGAUGAAAUCUACAAAUAUAUCUGUACAGGAUAAAAAAAAAAAAAAAAAAAAAAAUAAGGCUGUAUUUGUAUGAAGAUGAUUUUAAAUUAUGUGGUACAGUGCAACUGAUGUUGGUGGAAUAAAUCUCCUUUAAUGCGACUAGUGGGAAGGGUUGAUCCACUGCUUCAUGGAAAAUGCAGUUUAGUUUAUCAUGAAAACAACAAAAAAAAGUUUUGUUACUCCAUGGUGUUUGUGUUUUGUUUAGGUUUUGUUUUUUAUUUGCAAUCUUUUAAUGACCUUCAAAAAAAUGUUGUUUUGCCUGCUUUGCUUGUCUCACUGCGAAAAGAAAAAGGAUGAAAAGUAAAAUUUCUGACUUUGACAAAAAGCAUAAAAAAAAGCUAGGAUUUUUAAAUGUGCAAAAAGCAAUAGUUUUAGGGAAACUGUUGACGAUUUCUUUAGUCUUUCUUAACUGUUGAACAAGCGCAGCCUACAGGAGGCAUAUUUUAUACCAAAGAUGAAGAACCAGAAACUAGGUAGUGAAGAUAACUUCCUUAUUUUGCUGUGUUGUUUUCUUUUCUUUUUUUUCUUUUUUUUUUACCUCUGAAACUGAAAUUUUUUUCGUGUUUGUAAUGUCAUUGGUGUGUGAGAUAGUUUCAGCAGUGACAGAGAAUGUAUGUCACUAAGGGGCUUACACCCAGAUACGCACAGAAGUGAUCAAACUCACUAAUGAUCACACUACAAGAUGAACAGAGCAUACUCGGUGGCAGUGUGUAGUAGUGCUAGUAGAUUUUUGGGUGCAUUACAGUGAGGAAGUGGUGCACCAUGGUCCCACCGUCCUGUGUAUCUGUGCUUGAUGCCCUGAGAAAGAUGAGUGUGUUCUUUUUAUACAUGUGUAUGCACUCGACUGCACCACUGCCAUUUGAGUUUUAGCUCCUUAGUCUGCAUCCAAAAUCCCCAGCGAGAUAUAACUCCACCUCUUAUCGAUGGUUGGCCAAAAUCCUAUACAGAGGAUUCACUUCUGAACUUUGACCUGCAUCCAUUCAGCUUCUGUCUCAGCCCACGCAACAUGCUGUUACGCCGCCGUCUUGCCAAACACAAGCCAUUUCAAAUGUGAGCAGGGCCGCCAUCUCUGCAAGAGGAAAGGGCAUUUCUGUUGAACUAAAGGUCUACCAAGAGAUCAUUUCAGCUUACUGUGUGCGUAUCUUCUCCUUCGAGGACAAGGACAAAACUAUAUUUUACUUUGUUGCGUUGCCUUUUACUUUUUCCUUGAGAAUUGACUUUGAUGUGUGAGCUGCUAUUAACUUUACAGUAUUGGGGAGCUAGGGUGUCUCGUGUUGGCUAGGUGGGGAAGAGGCACAACCUCAGAGAGGACAGCAACUGACCAUUCGAAGUCAACAUCAAAGUCUCUGACAGCUAAUCGCCUUUAUAUUUCAAAACUUCCCGUUAAUAGUUGUUAGCUAUGAUUUGUCAGUGUAAAAAGCGUCCUGUCAUUUCUGUGCCUCUUUAUAGUUAAUUCAAGAGCAGGAAUGUUCCUGGCUGCAGCCAUUAAAAACCACUAAAAGAUAUCAGAAAUUUAAAAAAAAAAAAAAAAAAAAAAAAAAAAAAACUCAGUCUCUUUAAAUGUUGAAAAACUGCAAAUGAAGAUGAAUUUAUUUGCAUCAAAAAAAGUGAAUGAUAUAUGUAUGAGUACAAUGAUGAUGUAUUACGGCACAUUUUAGAGAGUAAUUUUGGCCAUCAACGUUCGGCUGCUAUAAUAAGUCAGAGAAAUGAUUGGCUGUCGGUGUUCCGCUGUGAGGUCACACGCUCUAAGCCCCGCCUACCUGGCUCUUCACCAGUGAGAGGAAAGCAAUGGAGCUGGUGGUAAAGAGGGAAACAUAGCCUAGUGAGAAGCAUGGUUCAACCAAAAUCAAGCAGAUACAAACCUCUAUUGGAAAAUAAAUUAUUGAGAGAGAGACCGUAGAGAAAGAGAGAACAAAAGUAAUAUUUAUGAGAUCUUUUUUGUACAGGUGUUUAAAAAGAAGAUGCAACAGAAAUACUUUGAUGAUGCUAUUUUUUUAUUUGCUUGGUCAUAUGCCUCCCAUGUCUUUCAAAUUGUGAUUCUGAGAGUGUCUGUAGAACCAGUGGAUGUUACUGUAGUUUCAAAUGUCUCUUUUCUUUUUGUUUUCUUUCUAGACAAAUCUUUCAAUAAAAAAAUAUUUCAAACA